AUGUUCAAGCGCGCAGGAGCAUAUACCGUGCGGUGCACGUGCAAACGGCCUGUUACUGUCCGAAAACAGUUCGCUGUCCGCCGGUUUUCUGUUAAUACAAGCUCCAACGCUUCUGCGGUGUCGCCAGCUUCUCCUCUCGGGGGGUUGACUGUCGAGCUCGAUCAUAUCGCUCCUCGCUUCGAAGUGCCGGCCUCGGAAAUAACGAUUUUGGAAUCACCUAGCGCGUUCUACGAGACGUUGAAGAACAAAAUCCGAAAUGCGAAACGAAGAGUUUAUUUGUCGACAUUAUACAUUGGCAAAACAGAGCACGAGCUGAUCGACACAUUGAACCAAGCAUUGCGCGACAACCCAGACCUUCAAGUAUCGGUUCUCACCGAUUGUCUGCGAGGCACGAGAGAAACACCCAACCCUUCGUCCGCAUCGCUUCUUGCGCAACUGGUCGAAGAACAUGGCUCUGACCGGGUCGAAAUCCGCAUGUUCCAUACCCCGAAUCUUACUGGGUUGCGCAAAAAGUACGUUCCGCGCCGUAUCAAUGAGGGAUGGGGUCUUCAGCACAUGAAGCUAUACGGGAUUGACGAUGAGAUAAUAAUUUCCGGCGCGAAUCUAUCCAACGACUAUUUUACGAAUCGUGUCGACCGGUAUCAUGUCUUCGCCUCCAAACAACUAGCCGAAUACUACUCCAGGAUUCAUCAUGCGGUAUGCCAACUGAGCUUUCAGGUUCUUCCAAAUUCGGCUCGGCUUGGAGGUUACGAUCUUGUCUGGCCCACGUCUAAUGGGUCAAGCUCGCCCUUGGACGAUCCGGAAAGCUUCAUAACCCAUGCAUCAUCAAAAUUGGAGACUUUGAUCCAACCAAACCGGCAGGAAAAGCGUCUUCCUAUUCGCGAUUCGGAUCAAACUUUUGUAUACCCUGUAGCGCAAUUCACGCCUCUGCUCAAGCCCGACACAUCUACCGAGUUUCCUGCUGUCUCGAGUAUUUUGCGUCUCCUUGUCAGCUCUCCUGCAUUUAAAGAUUCGCGCUGGCUCCUAACUGCAGGAUACUUUAACAUACACCCUGCUCUUUCAGCACUGUUGAUCCAAAGCACAUCGCAAGUUUCUGCACAACCAAACACAACAACAAAAACACAAGGGACUGUUCUCACUGCGUCCCCAUGGGCCAAUGGAUUCUACGGCUCUCCUGGAAUAUCCGGCAUGCUUCCAGCAGCAUACACGCACCUAUCAGCAAAAUUCCUCGACCGCGUCGCCGAAGCACAGCGCACAAACUCGAUUCACCUGAAAGAAUGGCGUCGCGGAACCGUCGGCGAACCGGGAGGCUGGACGUACCAUGCCAAGGGUCUCUGGAUCACGCUUCCAAAUGAACAAUACCCUAGUUUGACGUUUGUUGGUAGCAGCAAUUACACAAAGCGCAGCUACAGUCUCGACCUGGAGGUUGGGGCUCUAGUUGUAACGUCGGAUGAGAAGUUGAAAAAACGCCUCGGAGAGGAGACCGAAUGGCUACAAAAGGACGCUCGGCCAGUUUCGAGAGAAGACCUCCGUAGGACAGAGCGUAGGGUGGGAUGGAAUGUGCGACUUGCCAUGUGGAUUGUCGAAAAGGUGGGCGGUGCAUUAUAG